ACCGCAUUAGCAAAUGCAUCCAUCAAUGGAGAACAGCAGCAAUGGCAACACUUGCCAUAAGAAGCAUCAUCCAUUCACUAAUCUUACUCGUUCGCCUCCCUUGCUACAAAGCAAAAGCAGACCAGCUCCAGCGGAUGCACAUAUGCAAGCACCAAAUUCUCGGCCCGCAUUGCUGAAUCCCUCAAAAUCAAGGUCUCGUAAAGUCGAGGAGAGUACUCCGACGUCAAGAAUCGAUCGAAAGAAAUUACCUCCAGAGAGUAGAGAUGAUGCUAACAAGCUUCUACUACGCAGGCAAAGUAAGAUGGACGUGCCUAGACGAUCGAGGUCCGCCGGUACUUCUCCUUCUGCUUGGGCUUUAUCACCGGGUCGAUCAUUGCAUCCCCCGUCACCGGCACCUCGGCGGCCACUUGAUUUAGUGUCAAAAUCGAAGAGGGACUCUUGCAGCGAUAAGGGUAGCAGUGGUGUAGUAAGUGGGGUCUUGAAGUACUUGGGCAAGAAGAUCAAGAAAGCGUCCCGCCUACAAGAAGAAGAACAUCAUCGGUUUCGCAUUAUACAUAAUGCACUAUUGCAGUGGAGGUUUGCCAAUGCAAGAGCUCAGGUUUCAACGACUGCGGUCAAGGGAGCUGCACAGAAGAAGCUUUUCAACUUCUGGCUAAAAGGGUCUAUAAUGAAAAACGCCAUAGCUGGAAAAAGAAUUCAGCUGCAAAGGCUCAACCAGCAGAUCAAAUUAUAUCAUAUACUCCGUUCAGAAUUCUGUUUGCUAAAAGAAUGGGCGAGAUUGGAGAUCAAGAACCGUGAAGCUGCGGAAGGAUUGGCGACGAAAUUGUCAGCAAUAUCACGCUGUCUCCCUUUGGACCAAGGUGCAAAGGCAGAUGUAACGUCAUUGCUUGAUUGGAUGAUCAUGGCGACGAGAGUUAUAGAAAACAUAGGAGCAAAGAUCACAAAUAUUCAAGCGCAGGUUGAGCGACUAUGUUACAUGUUAACUGAGCUUUCAGUCAUAGUGAACGAAGAGAAGGAUUGCGCUAUUAUGCUCGAAAAGAAUUUGGCCACGGUUGCAUCAUUGGCGGCACAAGAGACAAGUUUAAGGUUGCAUUCCAUACAGCUUGAUGAAGAGUCUAGAAGAGUCAAUUCAGCAAUUCUCACCCCUUAG